AACAGACCUUGACAAUCAAUCUCUGAUUACAAAACCCAUUUGGGUCCUUCCCUACAAGACCUAAAGUCUCCAAAAUCUUUACAUAAUCGGGAAAAAGCUAGGGCAAGGGCAGUUCGGAGCCACCCAUCUCUGCACAGAGAAGUCUACUGGGAUUAACUAUGGUUGCAAAUCGAUCCCAAAGAAGAAGCUCAUCUGCAAAUCAAUCCCAAAGAAGAAGUUCAUCAAUCAUACUGGAAUCCAGCUGCCCGUUGAAGCUCUUGGGAAAUUUGGGUUUCAUCGUUCAGCUUGAAAGCUGCCCGUCGAAGCUCUGGUCCUUAAACUUUAAUUGGUGUUUUAAGUCGAUCUUGCUUAUUUAACAUUUGUUUGGUUGCCGAGAAACAGAGCAAAGGGAUAGUGAUUGCAUCUAUUAGUGUUUUUUUACAAAAAUGGAUUUUCAACUACCAAACAGAGAAUGACUGUGAAAUGAAUUGAGUCUUUGGUGAAUUUUGUUGUGUUUCAGAUGCUACCAAGAGUGCCUUUAUAUCUCCAAACAUGUCAUGGUCUAGGGUUUUCAGAUUGCCUCAGAUUUACAAGCAUGUACAUCACUCCUCUUCUGGAUACAGGUGCUCACUCGAUUCUUCAUGGUUGACACGUAAUUUUGUGGGACCUAAUAGUACUAGAAAUGGGUGGGAUUUCUGUUAUGAAUUUCGGGGUGUAAUGACAAGAUGCGAAUCAAGUGUGGGGUCGUUUGGUAAAUGUGGUCAGUUAACUCCAUGUUUGGAUGUGCGGCGCCAAUAUGCAACUCAUGCUGCCAGAGAACAUAAAUCAAAGAAGAUGCUUUUGUAUCUGACGGGAUUGGUUUUUGCAAUGGUGGGGUGUACUUACGCCGCAGUUCCUUUGUAUAGGAGAUUCUGCCAAGCUACUGGAUAUGGGGGUACUGUUCAGCGCCGUGAGAGUGUUGAAGAAAAGAUUGCUCGCCAUGCUCAAGACGGAACACGCACCACCAGGGAGAUUGUGGUGCAGUUCAAUGCUGAUGUGGCUGAUGGAAUGCAAUGGAAGUUUGUUCCUACUCAACGCGAGGUAAGGGUUAAACCAGGAGAAAGUGCCCUCGCAUUUUACACUGCUGAAAAUCAAAGUUCAACGCCUAUAACUGGUGUAUCUACAUAUAAUGUUACCCCAAUGAAGGCUGCAGUGUACUUCAAUAAGAUACAGUGCUUUUGCUUUGAGGAACAGCGGCUUCUUCCUGGAGAGCAGAUUGACAUGCCUGUGUUCUUUUAUAUAGACCCUGAGUUUGAAACGGAUCCUAAAAUGGAUGGCAUCAACAACUUGAUCUUGUCCUACACAUUUUUCAAGGUUUCCGAGGAAUAGGGGGCUGCUGCCCUCGUAUUAGCAUCCGGGAAUAUUUACUUCAAUAAGCAUUCGCUCAUGUAACAAAAUGAAAUCAUUCUUGUUCCCAUUCUUAUAAAAGGGACUAAAUUUGGUUGCUGUAGUUUAAUCAGCGUAGUUCCUAUAGAUAUUGUAGAUUUGAACAGAGUUGAGUGAUUUUUGACAUGUCUGUGUUUUCAAGGACAUGGAAAGGUAUAGCUGCAGUUUUUAACUGGAUUCUGUCUGGACAUGUUUAAAAUGUUAUGCUGAUCGUUGGAAAACCUGUUUUUCUUCGUCUGACAGACAAA